GUGGGAGCCGUUGCAAAGAAAAUAUUUUGCUUAAUCACAAAUGUAAACAACAACUCUACUACUACCCCUACUACUAUACCUUUUUUAUAGCAAUAUUUGGAAAUAGUAUACUUCCAGGCUUCGUUAAAUGUCAUAUACGAAAUGUAUGAGAUGGAAAAAUAUCAGGUCUUGGAGGCCAUUGGACAAGGAUCAUUUGGAAGAGUGUUCAGAGGAAAGUGCUUAGUGACAGGCCAAACAGUAGCACUUAAGUUUAUACCAAAGCGGAAUAAGGCUGCAAGAGAGCUGAAAAGCCUCCGUCGGGAAUGUGACAUCCAGAGAGGGCUUGCUCAUCCAAACAUUGUACGUAUGGUAGAUUCAUUUGAAACAGAAAAUGAAGUUGUGGCAGUUAGUGAGUAUGUUCCAGGACAACUUUUCCAACUUUUAGAAUCUAAUGGUCCCUUAAAAGAAGAACGAGUUAAACAAAUUGCUAGCAAUUUAGUAUCAGCCAUAUAUUACUUGCAUUCACACAGGAUAUUGCACAGAGAUAUUAAACCCCAAAAUAUCUUACUAGCUUCAUCAGGAGAAGCAAAGUUAUGUGAUUUUGGGUUUUCAAGGAAAAUGGGAAUUAAUACAUAUGUAUUGACUUCAGUGAAGGGAACUCCUUUAUAUAUGGCGCCAGAAGUUAUAGAAGAAAAGCCCUAUGAUCAUAAUGCAGAUCUUUGGUCUCUUGGAUGCAUUUUAUAUGAGCUCUUGGAAGGGAAACCACCAUUUUGUACUACUUCCAUUGUCCAGUUGGUAAAAAUGGUGAAAAUUGAGCCAAUUAUAUGGUCGGAUAGAUGGAGUGCAGAUUGUCUGAGCUUUUUAAAGGGAUUGCUUAAUAAAGAUCCAAUGAGAAGGUUAACAUGGCCAGAUCUGUUAGAGCACCCCUGGGUACAUGAAGGCCUUGUAUUUGUACAACAGACGUUAAAUACGGCACCACUAACCAACCCACUGACUCUGUCGCAGCAGCAAGUAAAAGAGCAGCAAAGACAGGAAUUAGUACAGAGAGCUUCUGGGCAACCAAGAAUGAUGUUAAAGCCAUUGGGAAGACAAACAGCAACUCCUAGUAAAAUGGAAGGGGCAGGGCCAAGAUCCAGACCAGGCUCAGAAUUAACAGGUCCUAUUGAAGGCAGUAUCAUUGUUGAAUUACCACCUGUCACUUUUCAUGAGGGACAGAGUAAAAACAUAGACACAAAUGGACUACCUCAGAUUGAUCCAGAUGUUCUGAAGAAAUUGGCAGCUGUUCAUCUUCAAGCUAGAGGAGGAAGUCCUCAUUUGAGUGCCUCAAGGUCUCCUUCACCUAUUCCAAUGAGACUAAGAGGAAGGGAAAAGAUGAUAGAAGUUCAGUUGUCAAGCUCAGGUGAGGUUGCUGUGCAAAGCAGGAGUGAUAAAACAAAUCUUAGAGAUGGUUUUCAGACUACAGUAGUAGAAGUAGAGGUGCAUAAAAGUGCAGCAUCAGUGGCUUCUACUUCUGGCCCUGAUGUUCCUGGAUUAGGUGGUGACUCAGAUGCAAGAUGUGCUGUUGGGGCUUCUGUUCGAAAGUUAAGCACUGUGUCUCAAGAAUCAGGAUUCAAAGAGGAAGAUGUUAAAGAUUUCAGAAUGCGGGGACCUGUUCCUUUAGAAGAUCGUAAAGACAGUAUGGUAAAUUACUUGGCUAAUUCCAUUGACUCCUCAAGAAGAGGAAGUAGACCCUCAAAUGGUAUGUUAGAACUAAUGCAAGAGGGACGACCAAGUUUGCCCAAUAUUAAUGAAGAAAGUUUAACACCAUUUACUCAAGAAAGAGCAUUAACUGUAAUAAGUGGAAAGACCAGCAGUGCAGCUGUGUUCACACUUCACAGUUUCAAUUCAGAUGACAAACCUAUUGAAACUGAAGAAUGGUGUAGGUUUCUAGAUAAGACAUUAGCUGAUGUGUUGAAUGGGAACUACAGUAUUUUCUUUGAACAAAGUGAACUUUCAAUGUUUGUAUCUCCUCUUAGGAAUCACACUUGUGCUCUCCAGGUUACCAAUAAAAUAGCAACACUAUUUAUGUUACCUUUCACAAUUGAAAAUAUGAAAGAUCAGACUCAUGAUGUUAUUAGAGUAUAUCUUGAGUGCAAAUUAGUGCCAAACCUUGUUUAUGCUUGUAAACUGAUACUCAAACUAGAAUCAAAGGUCAAUAGAACAGUGGAAUUUGAUAAGGAUCAGAUUGACACUAUGGGUCAAAUUACAAUGUUAAUUUGUCACUUAGUAUAUACAGAAACUGAUUUCCUGCUACAGUUUUGUGAUUGUGUAUGUGUUCUCAAUGCUUUUACUGUGAUUAGUAAAAUAUUGACUUUGGAUAGUGUUUUACCUGAGUUGGUUGCAGAUAUGUUAGCAAUUUUAAAUCAAAUACUUCGUAUAACACCUGAAAAUAAGUCAGUUGUUGAGCAAGUUUUUGGAACAAGCGACUCUGUUGUACUUCUUCUGGGAACACUGAUAACUCAUAAAGUUCCAUUAGUUAGAUCCAGAUUAUGCACUUUAAUUGGAUACUUGGCUAAGUGCUGUCCAUCAAUAUCUAAGUUGUUUGAAGGGCAACAUAAGCUCAUUUGUGACUUGAUCAACUUAGAAAGCGACAUCGUUCCACAAGUGAGGAAAACAGCUUCAUUUGCAGUUUCGUGUCUACAAGCGUUCACAGAACUUAUGCCUGAAGAUUCAUGUGCAGGAUAAGAGUUUUCCUAAACCUGCUUGAAAUUCCAAGCAAUUAAGUUCAGGACUGAAAAUACCAUGCUGAAGUUCAUCUUUCCACACAGGAUUCAGACAUUGAAAUUUUCAAUUAAACAGGUAACGUAGCAUAUCUAAUAAUUUAAUGUUAAAGGAUCCAAGAAUAUAAAUUUGUCUUAGACAUCAUCUGUGCACUGCCAAUAAAACUUGCAAGUAAAACUUUAUACUAUUAAAAUAAGUGCAUCAUGGUAGCUAAAUGGUCUUUCAAAUUGAGUUAAUAGCUGAAUCUCAGUAGGACCAUAAUGGGGUGAGAUCUAAUUUAUAAUUUAUCACAAAGGUUGUUUUUAAAUAUGAUGGAGUUAAAAUUUAUCAUAUAGAUUUUAAAUGGGUUUGGUUCAAAUUUAUCAUUAAAUUUUAUCAUAAAGGUCUAUUAAAAAUUAUUCAAUAGCUCUGCUGUGCAAUAGCCAUUUUUAAAGUUUGUACAAUUUAAAGUAUGAAAAUUGAUAGGUGAAUUUCUCUGAGAAAAUUGAUAGGUGAAUUUCUCUGGAUGUAAAACUUUCUAGUACCCCCUCCAUGAAAACUGUUAAAAAUGUUGGUUUAUAUAUCUGAGGCAUAAAUAAUAUGUCCUUGAGUUUUUAUGUUAAUUUUUCCAUCAUUUGCACAUGUACUUUACAAUCUCAAAAUAUUAGAUAUUUAUUUUUCUGUGUAGUGUAGAAAUGUUUUGUCCCUGUUACAAACUUUAUACCACUUUUUUAUAUAAAAUAUUUGAUUUAUUAUGCAAAGUUCUUUCGGUACUUUUUUAAGAACACAGAUGUGUUCCAAUACUUUCACUAAUGCAUUCAUGCCUGCUCAGAGGCAUCUGACCAAGAGUCACACUGCCACUUAUAAACAAAUUGAAGAUGUAUGUAGCAUCACUCUUCACAAGACCUCAUAUCUCUUCAUAUUUGGUUUUGGAAUUCUCAUUUGUAUACUGUUAUCAAAUUGUAUCAGUUUAUGUUUGGGGUUAAUAUUUUCACUAACUAAGAAUAGCAGCUGCAAUCACCAAAGUGAAUAUAUAAUCUGUUGUGCGAACCUAAGAAAAUAAAUGUGAUUAAGUUCAUGUUUAUAUUGCUGUGUGCUUUCAUCUGUUUUGAUCUUUGCCUGUCACCAUAAUUACUGGGUGUGCUACAAUGCUUUUUAUGUUCCACUGUUUGGAGCACCAGAAUACUUUCAUACUUGAUCUUGUCGAUAACUGUCACCUGUGGUGAUGGUCUUUACCUGCAUCUUUGUUUUCAUCUUCAUGGGCUAUUUUUUGUGUUAUGAAUCUGGCUAAUGUUGUCAGAAGUGUCACUUGUAAAUUUCUAGACCUGCUUAAGAAGGGUUUGUGUAUUGAUGUCAGCUGUGCAUGAGCAUGAUGGCUGAUCAACUGGCAUGAAUGAAUAAUCUUAUCAGGAUAUUAUUACUAACAUUUAUCUUGCUUGAUGUAUCUCAAAAUGAUUCAGUCAUAAUUUGUUUGCUUGUAUGGUGUUAGCUGGGUAUAAAGGUAGUUCUUACUCUGCUAACAUUUUCCUAGCACUGAACCCUAAAACCAGUAUUACUGCACUUGUUUACCGUUGUGUAUCCACAGUAAUUAAGUCAUAAGUGUGGGGUUAGUUAUGUCUUGUUAGAAAACAGAUGAAGUUCUGCAACAUUCGACCAGGUAUUAUGGCAUCACAGUAGUGAAGUAAAGUACAGUACUGUACAGUACAGUAACAGGUAUGGUACAUAUAUAUGUAAACAAUAUUUAUUAAAUUUAGCCUGCAUUUUUUGUCUUCCAGUAUUAUUUUGACUGGCAAAGAAGUAUAGUACAGAUUAUAGGCUCUGACUUAAGUUUAGUGAAUGUGGUGCCAUAAAGUCAUUAUUAUUAUACGCAAGUUGCCAAAGAAAGUUUUCCCAGUGAUGUUUUGCUUCUAUGUAUGUACUGUCUUCCAAGAUUUUGUUACAGAAAUAUGUCUCAUAAAGUUAGCUUUUGUGUUUUAUACUACAUACUGUGCAUUACACUUUUAUAACUUCAUACUGUAAUUGCUAAGUGUUAAUCAUUGAAAUAGUGUUAUGGGCCUUGAUAUUAUUUGCCCUUGCCUUAUACUGUACAAUACUGUAAAGGUUACAUUUUAUCUAAGCUGUGAUAUAUAUUUACCUAAUAUUAAGGCUAUGGACCACGCUUUCAGAAUAAAAAAUGUACUAAACUGUAAUUGCCUACUUGAAUGUUUCAGUUAGAGUUUUACAGAAUAAGUACUGGCAUAUUGUGACUGAAACUGUGGGAGACUAAGUACAAUUUGUACAAUUGGUGUGUAGUAAACAAAAUACUACUGAGGAAUGCAUUUCUUUCUGAUUUAUAGUUUUGUAUUAUGUACUAUAUGAUGCUUUAUACUUAAAGAUAUAUUACUGUAGCAUUAUAGUUCAUUUAAAUAUUCAUGUGAAAAUUUUUGCCUAUUCGUAUGCUUUAACUCUCAUAUGUUGAAUAUUGUACCUAUUGUUUUUAUCACUUACCAAGAGAAAUUAUGUACAUUUGUAGACAGUUUAAUUAUAAGUUGACUCUCCUA